AUGCCCACUCCUCAAUCUCUUGCCUGUGCACAUCUCCCAUACAGAUACGACAUCUUCUGUCGCUCUGCAUACGUGAAGCUGAGGGAGCUCGCAGGCCCAGCGAUGCACUUGCAGGCACUCGUUCACCCUUCCUACCCACACCUUCCCACACCUGUCUAUCUUGCCUGUGCGCAUCUCCCAUACAGAUACGACAUCUUCUGUCGCUCUGCAUACGUGAAGCUGAGGGAGCUCGCAGGGUCAGCAGCACAGCCCACCCCUGCCCACUGCGCCCUCCACUCAAAUGCCAUCCAUCAAUCUAUCCUUCAGUUUAUUCCGCUUCAGUUAUUCUCCCAAUUUCUCCUCCCUUCUUCCCCCCUCUGCCUCUCUUCCCCUGCCUCCCUAUCAUCACCAGGGGCGGCUGCAUUUGAGGCGGCGGUGGCAGCGGUGAGUCUGUACGGCGGCACUCAAGCCGGCGACCGCACCAUGCUGGAUGCUCUGCUGCCACGCUCUUGCGCAGCAUCCAGACAUGCCGGGAGAUCUGACACACGUCUCAACUUCUUCUCUUCCCUGCCUUCCCGAACCCUCUCCUCCUUCCCUCCCUGCUUCCCCAACCCCCUACCCACCCCCACCCCUGUAUCUACAUCCACCCUAUCACCAGGGGCGGCUGCAUUUGAGGCGGCGGUGGCAGCGGUGAGUCUGUACGGCGGUGCUCAAGCGGGCUACCGCACCAUGCUGGAUGCUCUGCUGCCCGCCGCUGCCUCUCUCUCUCGCAGCAUCACAGCAGGGGAGUCAGCAGCGGCCGCGCUGGCUGCUGCUGCUCAGGCUGCUGCUGCCGGAGCCGAAUCAACCAAGUCAAUGCCAGCUCUGGCUGGCAGGUCCAGUUAUGUACCAGCAGAGGUGUUGGCAUCAGUGCCUGAUCCCGGAGCCAUGGCUGUAGCGGCAUGGCUGCAAGGUGCCGCUACAGCCAUGCAACCACCGCCGCCGCCUGUAGUGGAGUCCGUAGCAGAGCCUGCAGCGGCAGCAGCGGCAGCACCAUCAGCACCACAAGAACAGUUGUAG